CAUAGAACAGACAGGUUGUUUCAGCCAACCAGACGGGAGCAGCUGCGAGUGCUACAUCUUGGCAGUCCGAAGCGAUUGGCUCCUCUCUGGGGAGUGGAGGGUGUUCGGUUAUUAAUGACCGCUGAGCAGGCAGCACCAUGUCAGUGUGACAACUGAUCGGGUGAACGAUGCACCACUAACCACCAUGGAAACCAGGCGAAAUAAAGCCAGCUCUCGGGAUCUCUCUUCACUGGAUUGAGAGCCUCCGCUUGCCUGCCUGCGGACUAAGAGAAAGAGUUCCGGGAAAAAGAAGCAAUCCCAGCUGCAGCCUCCUGCCUCCGUUUAUAAUUUAAAAUACCGAGAUAAGAUUGCUGGCAUGUGUGCGUAUCUAUAGUACACGUUAGUGUAUACUUUAGUACACACACGUAUGCACCUCUUUAUACGCGGGCAAGAACACAACCAUGUGAUUAUCGCAACUAAGGAACUGAGGAGUCCAGCACACGGGGACAGGAAGGUUGUGUAGCACAGAAACGCUUUUGCUGGUGAGCAUCAUGCUGCUAUUCCUGCAAGUACUAAACAAGCAUGGGAUUUGAAUAUUCUCCUCCUAAAUAAAUGAAUUGCUUAAUUUCCUGUGACCAUUUAUACAUACUCCAUCUUCAAAAAGUAUAUCAAAAUUCUAUCAUAAAGGAGCUAGGAACCUUUUUUUCAAUAUGCAUGACAUUUCUGGACAAUGCAAUUGUGGCACUGGCAGUUAUUUCCAUGAAGAGAAACUCGGCAGUUCUAUGGCAUUCGUCAUUUGACAAAUGCAACUAUUUUCCUUAUCAAUCAGCUUUUACUGAUCUUACUAGCAGUGACCGUGGAAUCCUUAAGGGCCCAUUAAAUUUCUGAAGAAGAAAGCUAAGAUGAAGGACCUGCCACUCAAAAUUCAUGUGCUACUUGGCCUAGCUAUCACUACACUAGUACAAGCUGUAGAUAAAAAAGCAGAUUGCCCACAAUUAUGUACAUGUGAAAUCCGGCCCUGGUUUACACCUAGAUCCAUUUAUGUGGAAGCAUCAACAGUGGACUGUAAUGAUUUAGGUCUUUUAAAUUUCCCAGCCAGAUUGCCUGCUGACACACAGAUUCUGCUCUUACAGACUAACAAUAUUGCAAAAAUUGAAUCCUCCAUAGACUUUCCAGUCAACCUUACUGGCCUGGACUUAUCACAAAACAAUUUAUCUUCAGUCACCAAUAUUAAUGUAAAAAAGAUGCCUCAGCUUCUCUCUGUGUACCUAGAGGAAAACAAACUUACUGAGCUGCCUGAAAAAUGUCUGUCUGGACUGAGCAACUUACAAGAACUCUAUAUUAAUCACAACUUGCUUUCUACAAUUUCACCUGGAGCCUUUAUUGGCCUAGAUAAUCUUCUUCGACUUCAUCUCAAUUCAAAUAGACUGCAGAUGAUCAACAGUAAGUGGUUUGAUGCUCUUCCCAAUCUGGAGAUUCUGAUGAUAGGGGAAAAUCCAAUCAUCCGAAUCAAAGACAUGAACUUUAAGCCUCUUAUCAAUCUUCGCAGCCUGGUUAUAGCUGGUAUAAACCUCACAGAAAUACCAGAUAAUGCCUUGGUUGGACUUGAAAACUUAGAAAGCAUCUCUUUUUAUGACAACAGGCUUAUUAAAGUGCCCCAUGUUGCCCUUCAAAAAGUGGUAAACCUCAAAUUUUUGGAUCUAAAUAAAAAUCCCAUUAAUAGAAUACGGAGGGGUGAUUUUAGCAAUAUGCUACACUUAAAAGAGUUGGGGAUAAAUAAUAUGCCUGAGUUGAUUUCCAUCGACAGUCUUGCUGUGGAUAACUUGCCAGAUUUAAGAAAAAUAGAAGCUACUAACAACCCCAGGUUGUCUUAUAUUCACCCCAAUGCAUUUUUCAGGCUACCCAAGCUGGAAUCACUCAUGCUUAACAGCAAUGCCCUCAGUGCCCUGUACCACGGUACAGUUGAGUCUCUGCCGAACCUCAAGGAAAUCAGCAUUCACAGCAAUCCCAUCAGGUGUGACUGUGUCAUCCGCUGGAUUAAUAUGAACAAAACCAACAUUCGAUUUAUGGAGCCGGAUUCACUGUUUUGUGUGGACCCACCUGAAUUCCAAGGCCAGAAUGUUCGGCAGGUGCAUUUUAGGGAAAUGAUGGAAAUUUGUCUCCCUCUUAUAGCUCCUGAAAGUUUUCCAUCUAAUCUGGAUUUAGAAGCUGGGAGCUAUGUUUCCUUACACUGCAGAGCUACUGCAGAGCCACAGCCUGAAAUCUAUUGGGUAACACCUUCUGGCAAAAAACUCUUGCCUAAUACUCUGACAGACAAGUUCUAUGUCCAUUCUGAAGGCACACUAGAUAUAACUGGCAUCACCCCAACAGAAGGGGGUUUAUAUACCUGCAUAGCAACUAACCUGGUAGGUGCUGACUUGAAGUCUAUUAUGAUCAAAGUGGAUGGCACUUUUCCCCGGGAUAACAAUGGAUCCUUGAAUAUUAAAAUAAAAGAUGUUCAGGCCCAUUCAGUUCUGGUAUCUUGGAAAGCAAGUUCUAAAAUUCUCAAAUCCAGUGUUAAAUGGACAGCCUUUGUCAAGACUGAAAAUGCCCAUGCUGCCCAAAGUGCUCGAAUACCAUCUGAUGUCAAGGUGUAUAAUCUUACUCAUCUGAACCCAUCAACUGAGUAUAAGAUUUGUAUUGAUAUCCCCACUAUCUAUCAAAAAAGCAGAAAACAGUGUGUAAAUGUCACCACCAAAAGUUUGGACCCUGAUCAAAAAGGAUAUGAAAAGAGUAACACCACAACAUUUAUGGCCUGCCUUGGAGGCUUUCUGGGGAUUAUUGGUGUAAUAUGUCUUUUCAGCUGUCUCUCUCAAGAAAUGAACUGUGAUGGUGGUGGACAUAGCUACGUGAGAAAUUACUUACAGAAACCAACCUUUGCAUUCGGUGAGCUUUAUCCUCCUCUCAUCAACCUCUGGGAAACAGGCAAAGAAAAAGGCACAGGAUUGGAAGUGAAAGCGACUGUUAUAGGUGUGCCAACAAAUAUGUCCUAAAAGAAACCAACUAAAUCUACUUCAAAGAAAAACUCAAAACUGUGGUACUUUUUUAAAGAAGGCAGAGAAAUUUUACUUUCUAGAAAGAAGUUCAAGCUUCAUCAGUGCUGCUCCUGACCAAUGGACAUAUGUACAAGUUCAGCAUUUUAAUUAACUGGCUUCAAAGGGUACUGUGGCAACCAAAUAAAAUAAUUCCAUUUUCUAGAACUUUCAUGUAACUUUUAUGUCUGGACUACCGUUAAAGUGGACAAAAACAUUUCUGUAUUUUUUUUAAGUAUAUAAGAGUAGUUGAACUGAGCAAUACCUCCUCCUGUGUUGUAUUACACAUAUUAGCCACGAGUUUUUUGCAGUGACCAGAUAAACUUGAAUUGACACGUGGUGUAAUAAAAAUGGACAAAUUCUGUAGAGUAGACACAGUGAGUAUGUGGACCUCUUUUAUAAGGAAAAAUACAUUUUGGAUUAAAAUUAA